AUUUCACUGGUUUUAUGUAAAAGCCUUAGAGUUGCUUCUAGUCUCACUCUAGUGUAGCUGAAAUAAGUAUUUAAUUUAAUUAUGACAUUUGCGAAGUCUAUGUGGACAUAAAAGUAGUCGCUAUAGUUUAAAUAGAUCAUUCUUCAUACAUACAACUAAUGAUGUAGCUCGAAACUAUGUCUAUCCCAAAUUAAUACCGAGCGCUCAUUUAUUAUCGGUUCCCGAAGACAAAAGUGGACAUCAUGGUCAUAGUAAUCUAUGUAUCUUUCUUUACACAAAAGCCUCUAUACAAUUAAUAUUUGAGCGUUGUAUGUUUUACGGUGGAUUUCACAACUUGAAAUAAUAAAAAAAAAAAAAGAUUUGUAGAGAUCUGGCAGAAAUAAGACCACUGUUCAAUGAAACUGGAUUUUUUUUAGUUGUGGGGUAAAUUUUUAGCGUGUUAUUUCCACUGUGACUCCAGUGUAGGCCUACUUUCUUAAAUUUUAUGCUUGAGAGCCACACGUUAGAACUGAAUCACAAAUAUUCUUAUAUUUGAACAUCUUUUAGUUUAGGCUUAGCUUUCAUCUCUUUUUUUUAUAUCUAUAUUCGUUUAUACGGUUUAAAUGCAACUGCAACUUAUUUCAUUUACAUCAGCACUGAGCCUUUGUAUUGUAUAGCAUAUGUCUCCUCUACCGGCUUUAAAUAUAAAAAAAAAACAAAAACAGUUACAUUUUAGUUAAAAUGCCGGUAACUCAUCCGUUGUCUGGUUCCAAGUCCAGAAUGUGAAAGGAGGAGGGGCGAGCAUAUGUUAGGCUACACACUACUCUUCAUAAACAUCUAGCGGUAUACCCAUCUAGCUACUGUUAUUGAAAAUGCGUGGAUUUCAGAUAAAUAUAAUAAAAUAAAAUAAAGAAUAUGUUGCACAUAUACGAAACCCAAUAUGAUUGGUUUACUUCAUAGACUAUGGUUUACUUUAAUUUUAAAGUAAAAUUACAUUAAAUCAAUAAAUUAAAAAAUAAUAAUUUAGGUCUGUAAAACAUUACAAAUAAAAAAAAUAAUAGUGUCAGCAAAAAUAUAUAAAUAUAGGCCUAUAACCCGUACAUAUAUAGGAUAACGGUACCAUACAUUUGUGACACAAACAAACAAAAAAAAAAAACAAAUUAAAAAAAUAAAGAUUAAUUCAUUCUCAUUAUUUAUUUUUUAUAGCCUUUUAAAUAUUUUUUUUAUUACAUAAUAUAGAUCCAGAGUUUUCAUAUCAUUAGCGAAUGACUAGAUCUAUCACGAACUAUUAGGCCUACAUGAUAAUAGCCGGUAGUGACCUUGUGACCUGAUUACCGUAGCGAUAGACAGCGCGGUGCUGCCACUUGCGUAACAUUCUUCAUGAGGGUCCUGCGAUGUAAAGUUUUACCCUAGUUUGAACUAGAUCUAUCACUAUCAUCUAUGUAAUAGUAAUAGGACUAAUUGCACGUAAUCAUCUUUUUUGAAGUAAUCUGAAGUCUGUAUUAUAUUAUAAGAUAAGAUAAGAAUUGAUGAUUUUUCAAAAGGUUUAGAUAACAAUCUGCAGGAAAUGAUUAAAUCUACUAGCGCUGAAAACAUAUUUGAUAUGCUUUAAAUGCCAAAAAAGAAAAAAAAAAGAAAUGUUUUGGAUGGUCCAGAUUUUAGUCUUCUAUGGGUCGUUCCUGCCUAUGUAUUGUCCAGUGGCAUCACUUCCAGGGGAAGAAAGGCAUGAGAUAGGUUCCUUAGCUGGUGAUGUUCAAAACUGGGCUAUGUUGAUACAAAAUUAUCUUUUGCAGCUUGCCAAUGAUGGAAUUAAAAGAGACAUGACCCAGUCAUUUUUUGAUGAAGCUACUUAUCUUUCUGAAAAAAAGAAUGGCAGUGAACUUGUGAAGCUUGUCAAUGAUACCCUCAGUGAAUAUUUUAGAAAGAAAACAUCUGCAGCCAUGGCUCUUGUUGAAAAAGUGAGGCUACUCUAUGAUGAAUAUUAUUUGGCCAAUGAUACAACAACUGCACGAACGUUAAACGAGCUGCCAGCAGAUUUGUAUUAUGAAUCAGAUAUUCCUGAUAAAUUACCAAAAGAUUUGAUGUUUAGCCCUUACUUUAGACAAAAAGUAAGCAAACUCAAUUCAACUGUAAAAAUUGCUGAUGAAGUACCCCGAGAUGAUCCUUUUGUUAUUGAUACUGUCUUGUUUACAAAGAAUCUGGAGGAAACAUUUUUACAGAAUGCUGACAAGGAUCCACUAUUGAGGUGGCAGUACUUUGGUUCUGUAACUGGAGUAACACGUUUGUUUCCUGGUCGAGAGUGGUCUACAAAUUUUGCUGGGUUUUAUGAUGAUUAUGACCCAAGGGUACGACCUUGGUACAUCCAAGCAACAAGUGGCCCUAAAGAUGUUAUCAUUAUACUUGACUGCAGCUUGUCAAUGAAGGGUGAAAAGUUUUCCAUUGCUAAGGCUGUUGCUAAGACUGUAAUAAAUACACUGACUAAACAAGAUUAUGUUAACGUUAUUUGUGCCAGAAACAGCCAUUGGAAUGAAGUUGGCAAGUGGCAUUAUUAUGAUACUCAAGUUUUGAGCUGUCAGGAACAGAGGAUGGUACAGGGAACCAAUGCUUUUAGAAAGGAUCUGAUUGAAAAAAUUGAGAAACUGAAAGCAGGAGGAACCACUGAAUUAGAGAAAGGAUUUGACAGAGCAUUCAGUCUUCUGCGAAGUGUUCCAAGGACUGGCUGCCAGUCUAUUAUUGUUUUUGCUACAGAUGGUAAAGAUACUGAUGGUGAAGAUGUUAGAUGUGGUCCUGGUUACUAUACAAGAAGUGGAUAUGUGCCAGGACCAAUCUGCAAAUACAAUUUUACUUCUGUUUAUAAUGUUGCUAUGGAAAAAAAUAAAUAUUUGUUACCAAAUGCUAGAAUAUUCAGUUACUUGAUUGUUGAAGAUGCAGAAAUGUUCCCUGGCACUCUGGCAUGUGACCACAAUGGAAGUCUACUCAAACUGUUAACUGGAGAGAAUCUCAUCACACAGAUGUCCAACUAUUUUGAAUUUUUGUCUGCCAUCUCAGUAUCUGGCACCACCCUUUGGACUUCACCCUAUAUAGAUUCUUGGGGUUUGGGUCUCAUGAUAACUCAUGCUGUACCUGUCAUUAGUAACAGGACUGGCAAGAUCAUAGGAGUAGUUGGUGUUGAUGCCACAUUAGAUGAAAUUGAAAACUUUCUUACCAAACACCAGUGGGGCUCAGUGUAUUCUUUUUUGGUGAAUUCUAAAUCUGGGGUCAUCUUCCACCCACGUUUGAAGCCUAGUACAAAGCUGUUGGAAGAUCCCAUCAGUAUCCCAAUCAGUCAGUUGGAACAAGACAAAGAUGGCAAACCAUCAGAAUUCUCAGAAAUAGAAGAAGCAAUGUUGGAAGGUCGAUCUGGAAUGAAGGUCAUACCUAAAGCCAGAGGAGGAAAAAUGAGAACUUAUUACUAUGGAUCUAUUAAAGGUACAGAUUAUUGCUUUGCUUACAGUUUAGCAAAUGAAGACAUGGAAUUCCGAAGAUCUCAAGAGCCAAAGAAUCGAUCUCAUAUUGGUGUCAGCUAUUAUAAUUUACUGAAAAUGUACAACAGUACUUUAUUGAGAGAGAAGCUGAAAGGAACAUUUGAAGCCAUUGAUGUUAGAGAAAAUGAUGAAAAGUAUCCUGGCCUGAGAGUAACAUACAACCACUCCACAAUCUUUUUAGCUCCCCAGAGUCACUGUGAUCCCAUCAGGUACUCUUACAAUGACAGUCUGGCAGAGAAAACUUUGGAUGCACAUUUAUGGAUCAACGGCAAUGAGCCUGACCGUGGUUGUGAUGAUGAUGACAGUGAACAAAUGUUUAACAAAGGCAUUAGAGCUGAUGUGCUGAUAACAUUUCCAAUUGAAGAAAUUUGGAAAACUCGUAACUUUGAAUCUUUAGAUCAAGUGAAGUGGACUAAUGUUGGCUUGAGAAGUGGAGUUUUUAGAACAUAUCCAGGUCAUAGGUCAACAAGAAACUAUGACCCUACACAACGCCCUUGGUACAAGCGAACCAGCUCGAACCCACAUAAAACUUCAGUGUCUACACCAUACAUGGACUCUGCUGGUGUGGGCAAAAUCAAUACAAUUUCCCAAGCUGUGUUUGAAGGGAUGACUCCUAAAUCAGAUCAAGAUUGUGCUGAAUUUCCUAAAGGGCAGUUAAUGGGAGGCUGUCGCUGUGAGGUUGAUUCUGAUUGUUACAUCAAGGUUUGUUAUAUGAGUAAAGCUCCAGGUCCUAACUCUGAUCACAGAAGAUGUGCCACUGAGCGUGUGGAGGCUGUGACAGGUCUGGAUAUUUUGUAUGAUGAUUUUCAGAAGAAAUCUUUAGAAAGUAUGCAAGCUUCAGACUUUCGCAAGUCAUGUGGUCAAAAAUAUACAUGUCGUAAUGGGGAACCAAACUGUGAGACCAGAUGCUAUUUGUUUGAUUCAUCUGCAUACUUGGUUAUGGACCCUGACUUUCUGACUGCUAAUGCUCUUGAUGAGUCACAAUAUCAGUCUGUUACAUUGGGACGUAAAGAAGGGGAGGUGAUGAAACAUCUUGUUUACUACCACAAGUUCAUCAUACGAGAAGAAUCCAUUGAUUUCCAAGGCUCCUGUCGUAUCUCAGCUGAUGAACCAAAAGUCACACUGGAUGGACUGCCUCAAACGCCAGAAGACACUGAUGACUAUUACAAGAAUAGAGGAAAAAUUCCAAAGUUUUACAAUGACUUUGGUUGUAUCCAAGAUGUAGUCAGUUACAGAACUGAUGAUGCAGCACUAGGGCCCAGUGGUAUGAUAACAGGCAAUGUGUCAGGCCCAUGUAUGUCAGGGUUGUAUUAUGUCACAGCAUUGCCGCAGACAAAUCUCUAUCUUCUUGUCAUUGAGGACUGGCUCGUCUAUAAACAGUCCAUGUUUUACAACUUCCAUUGCAAGAUAACCCGCAGUGUUGUCAACAGCGGAGCUUAUCGUAUCAUCAAUGGAACUUGUGCUCAUGAAGACACGUCUGCCAGAACCAUGAAGGAAGAAGGUAAAUGUCCAGCGCUGAAUGAAGUCCCUCUCAAAUGUCAGUUUAACAGAGCCACACUUGUUGUCUUGAACACCCUCAGUAUACUCCCAGUCUUAAUUUACUUUUUGUUACACAGAACAUUGGCUCUAAGAUUUUGAUGGGUUACUUUUGGCUCUGAAAAUUCAGUUAUAUCUUGAAAAGCUAGAAAACUAUAUUUGACCAGUACAUUAAGACCAGUUACAAUCUAUUUUCAAAACAAGGUAAUUAGUUACUUCACUUUUUGUAGGAUAAUGAAUUCAAGCUAUAAAUUCUGCAGAUUUGGUAAGCAAAGCUGGUUUGAGUUCUUUUACAUUGAAAACAGUUGAACUGAAAUAGGUUGUCACAAAAUCUGAAUAAUGUUACUUGGUAAAUAGAACAUGAAAAGAAUCCGUGUGAUUGUCAAUACAACGAAAUAGGAACACUACAAGUCUUACAUUUUGACUAGAUUGAUAUUCUUGGGACUGAGUGACUGUAUCAAUCCUUGUAAUGUUUGUAUAAAGCUCUGAUUGUUUAUAAAUGUUUACAAAAUAAAAUGGCUGCAACAUUUGUUGUUUUCAUUUCCUCCAGACUUGAUGUAGUAAUACUAGCUUCAAUGUCUUUGAGUUGGAAUAAAGAAUUUACACUUCAUGUAUUCUUUUGUUAACCUAUUUAUAACAUUUUAUGAUCUCCUAAGUUUAGUUGGAUGUAAAGGUAGCAUCUUUUUGUGGCAGUGAGAAUAGUUUCAUUAGUUUUCACUUUUUUUUUUUUUUAAUUAAAACAUUGAAAAUGUACCUAAAGUACAAAGACAUUUUUAGCAUGAAAUUUUUUGACUCCAAGAAGCAUAAUAUUUAUACUUUGCAAUUCCAUGAUUAUAUAGUAAAUGAUUCAAUCUCGAUAAAAAAAAAAACUCCUGUAAAAUAUGAGCUAAAGUUUGAUCUUCCUCCCCCAGAAAAUACUUUUGAAACUGAACUCUUGAUUAACCUUGCUUGACCACUUUACAGAUGAACAAAAAUAGAAUUGUGAUAUUAUUAAAAACAACCAAAAGUAGCUCUAUAUUAUAUAUUGAUUUACCACAUUGGUUUGAAGUUGUUUUGUUUUUUACUGUUGUAUGUUUUAUUUUUUUAAUACAACAGUUGUAUGUAGUUUUCUCUCAUGUUAAAUAUUCCUCAUUAUACAAGUCAUUCCAAAAAAAAAAUAUAAGGCUAUUUUGAAUUUUUAAAUAGCUUUUUUCCCAAUAUAAAAGACUAACAAUUCAGAUUAAUUUUUAAGCAUCUUUUUUAGUAAACUUAUGUCCAUAUCAUUUUCUGUAAAAAAAAAAUGUGUCUACUGGUCUUAUACACCAUUUUGAAAGUUGCUACAAGAAUUUUCUUUGAAUGACAUUACAUUAGCCAUGUCUAGAAUGUAUUCAUUAUGUUUUAAUAAAUAUUUUUUGUGCAAUACUUUUAAUAUCCUUUUUUAAAAAAAAAAAAAAAAAUCUCAGUUAACUUUUCAAUAAUGACUUAAGAAGAGAAUGAAUUGUUAAGCCAUAAAGUCAUUUCUUGUAAGACCCUUUUUUUAGUUGUACUUUUCCAUUCAGUCAUUGUGCAAUAUUUGUUGAUGCAGGUUGUUCAGGCCUUCAUUAGAAGGGAGUGUCAUUUUUAUUUUGCUGUAUUGUGAUAUUUUUUUUGAAUCAAAUUGGAUUUUGUUGAACCAUAUCAAAUUGUCAGAUUUAGUACAACUUUUUUCCUGGAUUCUGAAAACAGUUAUUUCUACUUUGACUAAAUCUAGCUAGUUAUAUUUAUUUAGACUCUCUAGUCACUUUAUCUAAAUGUCUCUGCAUUUAGUUUUGUAAUAAACAAAAAUCUAAAAAAAUAAAUUUGUUUUUGAUCUUUUUAUUAAGAUACAGUAUCAGUGUUUACUCAGUCUCUUUAUUUCUACAGAAUUAUUGGCAUGUUACUAAAGAAUUUUCACAAGUAUAAAAUAAACAAAAUAGCAAAUACAAGACUAACAUUUGUAUUUAGACCAAGGCAAAUGAUGUUUCCUUCUCUAUAAAUACUUGUUUUAUUUAUUAAAAUAAUUCUAUACAUUUGGAGUAACAAUUUACAGACGUACACAGACAAAAAAAAUAAUUUUGACUAAAUUUUUUUAUUUUAAAAUAUAUUUUGUGUGUGGAUAAUCUGGCAACAGGCUAAAUAUUUAUUUUAAAAAAUUAAUAACAUUUUUAAACACCAAAAAAAAAGUUUU